UACAUUAACGGGAUCACCGGUUAUUAAUCGACAUGGUUUUGAAUCGUGUGUAUGAAGUUUUGAAGAAGAGAUUUAAUGAUGGUUACGUGAACUCGCCUCUAGAUUUCAAGUAUGUGACUCAACUUGAAUUCGUGAUGGCGACCAUAGGCUCCUGGCCAUACAAGCAAUUCGGACGAAAUCAAUUAGCCGCCAUUUUGUCCAUGUACAACGCCAUUUUAAUACUCAUUGGCACAAUUUUGGGCGUUUUAGGAUUCAACUAUAUACGUGUGAAUAGAGUAAAACUAUCGUUUUUUGAUCUGGGCCAUAAUAUUUUGUGUUGGAUUUUCUGUAUCUUAUAUCUGCAAAGGCUUUUGACAGCGAGGACAAGGAAAUAUCAAGAGACAAUAAAGGAUUAUUUACUUGACUUCAACUUGUUCUACUUCAAGGGCCGGUCACCAUACGCCGCUAAGGUACACGCGCAAAUCCACAUCAUAUCAGGAAUGUUCACAAUCUACGUGAUGUGGCAGAUGUUCAUAGGAGUGUCCCUGUUCAUAUUCAUGCCGUGGUACAACAACUAUAGCAGAGACAUGUUCGGCGAAAACCGGCCCGAAAAUAGCACGUUUGAACACUCUGUAUACUAUUAUUUUCCUGAUGCCGUUUAUACUACGGAAGAGGGAUACUGGAUGCUAUUCAUCUUCAAUAUUCCAAUUUCCUACGUCACCACAAUUGGCCUCUGCGUUUUUGAUCUAUUACUGUGCCUGAUAGUGUUCCAAAUUUGGGGCCACCUAAGAAUUCUAAAGCACAAUUUGCAAAACAUGCCUCUGCCCGAGAAUAGUAUUAUGUACUCAGUUGAAGAGAAUAAUAACAUACGAAUGUUGUUAAAGGAGAAUAUAUUACAUCACAACUUUAUUAUAAAAUUCGUCGACAGAUGCUCGGAUGCGUUCAGCGAAUAUUUGUUCGCGUUCUAUCUGUUCAUGCAGUUCAUCACCUGCAUCUUACUGCUGGAAGUAACCUCUUUCACAGCGGACGCGCUGGCUAAGUACGGGCCCUUGACCAUUGGGAUGCACCAGCAGUUAAUACAAGUGUCCAUAUUGUUUGAGAUGUUGAAUACCAAGAGUGAGCAGCUCAUCGACGCCGUAUACGCCAUCCCGUGGCAGCACAUGGACACGCGCAACAGAAGAACUGUGUUGUUUUUCCUGCAAAGAAUCCAGACCCCAGUCAGUCUGAAGGCCGCCAAGGUGGUUCCUGUUGGGGUCAAUACUAUGUCUGCGGUCCUGAAGACUACGUUCUCGUAUUACAUGAUGCUGAAGGCUUUAGCUGGGGAACGAUAAUUUGGUGGGAGUGGGGGGAAAUAUCUCGAAUGCUUACUUUUUUAUAUUAUGUCCAUUUAAUAGAAUAGUCAAUAUA